AGCAGAUAAACCAUGGAGUCCGGGAGGAAAGUUGAGGAAAUCCUCAAGCUACUAAUGUAUGGCUUCUCGCCUGUACCUGUGCAGUCAACCUCUUCCAACGAGGGAAACUCUUCACCUUCUCGUGGUCAGGAAUUCCAACUGAAACGAAAAGAUGAAGAAGAGAGCACGAUAAAGAAGAUGAUGAGGAAGGUAUCCAACGACAGGAUAAAGUUUCCCGACGAAGUGGAGCCAUGUCUCUCUAAGAUUCCAAAUUCCGGUAUUGGUGUCCGCUGUAAAACCGCCAUUAACGAUGGAAUGUGGGUAGGACCUUACGAGGGCAAGGUGAUAAGUCUGGAGGACAUAAAGAAGAUUAAAGAUACCAGCCUCGUCUGGGAGGUGUACGACACGAACGGUGAGAUAUCACAUUUUGUGGACGGCAACGAUUCCUCCCUAGCCAACUGGAUGAGGUACAUUAGCUGUGCCCGGUCAGAAGAAGAACAAAACAUGGCAGCUUUCCAACAUCUCGGACACAUCUAUUUUAGAGCAUGCAAGACUAUCGAGCCGGGAGAGGAGUUACUAGUGUGGUAUGGGGACGAGUAUAAGUUGUAUCUGGGCUUACCCCUUCUCAUUGACCAGAGUAAAGGUGGAUGCGCAUUCCGUUCACCACACCAAGCAGCUGGCGGACAGACGGAUAAAUCGGAAACAACUCUAAAUCAGGUCCACUUGGGCUCCUCGCCUGGUCAUGAUAUUUCUACAGCUGUUCAUUUGAGUGAAGCUGAGGGUCAUGUAAAAUGUGAACCAGUUACGACUCCUUCGGACGAUUCCUGGGCAGCUCGAUUACAACUAAGUCCACUCACUAUCAAGAGUCUACUCUCUGGUACGAAAUCGAGACCCUCCCUGCUUCCUCUAACCCUCUCCAACUCUCUGUCUCUCCCUCACAGCCUCUCACUUCCCUCCAGCCUCUCUUUUCCCAGUCCCAACCUCAGCUCGGUAUCAAGACCCAGAUUCUCCUCCUUUGACACCACGACUCUUCUCAGCGGUGCUCUUCACUCACAUUCUGUCCUGGAUAUGCUACUGAAGUGUGAUAUUUGCGGAAAGAGCUUCAAAUCAGCGUAUGAGUUGCAUCUCCACACGGCCAAUCACUCGGCAGAGCGACCCUACGAAUGUGGACAUUGUGGGAGGACGUUUCCGCAGUCCAGUAGCCUCAGGAGACACAUAGUUACACACACUGGAGAGAGACCCUUUAAAUGUGCUUUUUGUGGCAGGGCCUUUGCUGGUGCAACGACUCUUAACAACCACAUACGAACCCACACGGGAGAGAAACCUCACAAGUGUAACGCCUGCUUUAAAGCAUUCACCCAGGCUACGCAGCUCAAUCGUCACAUGAGGUGUUGUCCAGUUCGAGUGGCAGAUAAAACGAUCAAUAGCAAACCCACAACUAAUGGCCGUUCAUCUGCGACUACUUUCGAGACUCUUGCGGAGGGUCCCGUUUCAGCUGUAUCCAUGGCAAUGCGAGACGUUUUACCCACAACUCGCACAGAAUCUUGCGAUUUAAAGGUUCCUCUAGUGGUAUGAUUAAUACCAAAACUAACGAUCUUGCAGUCACAACAUUUUGGGUUGUGAAGUGUUAUUGUGUACUGCUUUAUGCUAUGCAUCACAUUUUGAUUCAUUAUUAUAGCCAUAUAUUAUAAAGAUGAUCCAAACUUUAAAAAUAUGUUGUUGUGAUGUUGUACAGUCUCGCGUCAGCUCAAUAGUCCACUUGAUUGUUAAUUAAUUUAAUUAAUUAAUUAAUUAAUUAUUCAAGCUUUACAACUGCAGCUGACCAGGAUCUGUAUUCUGUAUAGUUUAUACCGAACAGUUACCUAAACAGUCAGACGCGCUAACAUGUACAAUGUAACAACUAACAUGUAACAAAUCGAUAAACGUUUCAUUCGUAUAAAUAUUUUUUAAUUUUAAACUUGAUAUUGAGGACUUGAAAGUCGAAUACAGAAUAGGAUUUCAUCUUUGAUUUUGAUAAUCCAUAAUAAUUGUCUUUAAUUCCAUGAUUUUGAAACAAAUAUAUUUAAAUUUAUGAUUGAACAAUAAACAUUUAAGACUCAACGCUGGCAUGCAAAGUGCAACUGCAAACAUUUGAUGUCUGGAUUAGGAUAUACUUCAACUUUAUUUUAAUGUGUAAGACCUUAGCCCUUAUAUUAGGCCGUUAUGUGCAAUUAUGGUUUGAC